AGCCAUGGGGUCUCAGGAGAUUACUCUGUUUGACUUGCCCAGCAAGGAGCCAUGCGCCUCCUGGUCUUUGAACCCUUGGAAGAGUAAGUACCUAGGAUGGGCCCAAGUGAUGUACGUUUUCUCUUGAAUUAUAAGGGUCUUGAGUACAAGACAGAAUGGCUCAACUACCCGGAGAUUGCGCCCAGAAUCAGGCCAUACCUCCCACCCAAUGAAACAGGCAGAGCGUACUCCAUCCCUACGAUCCAGUUCCCAGAUGGAACCUACGUCAUGGAGUCGAGAAAGAUUGCAAAGGCCAUCGAACAAAGACACCCUUCUCCACCUGUCUACUUAGAUGAUCCCACCGUCCAAAAGAUAGAGCGACUCGUCUUCAAGUCCAUCAAGCCUCUCUACUCCCUCCUCAUGUACAAAAUCUCGCAGGUCAUCCUCACCGAGAAGAGCUACGACUACUGGGUUGGCCAAUACACCAGGGAAUACGGCAUGACUCUCGAUGAAUACGAGCGUCAAUUCGGUGGCGAGAAAGCCUGGGCGGCAGCGCAGCCGGCCAUGAGUGAGCUGACGGCCAUUUUGAAGGAAAAACAGGCUGAGGGGCCGUUCUUCUUGGGCAAAGAGGUGAGCUAUGCGGAUUUUGUGUGGUUAGGAGGGUUGAUCUUUGUGAAGCGCACCGAUGAAAGUUUAUAUCAGGAGCUGUUGGAUAGGACGGGGGACAGAGCUGCUCAUGAGAGACUUUUCGAGGCGUGUGCACCUUGGAUGAAGAGGGACGACUACUGAUAGAGUAGCAAUUUGAUAAGUGCCCUUUAGGCUAAAAUACACCAACCCUCCAUGCUUAAAAGCUGCCUUCCCAAUAAACAUUUCCACCCAAUAAGCUCUUGCGCUUUCGCGAUCCAUCCUGUCGUGACUAAUAAAUCCCAAAUGCUAUAUCCCAUAGUUGUAGCCCAAUAUGUGAUCGCCCGUAUCUUUGGUGCCC